AUGGAUCAGUUUAAUCUCUGGAGAUGUCCAUUUUGCUUUCAAGCUUUCGUAUCGUUAGAUACUCGAAAUGAACACGUAGAUAUUUACCAUGCUUCUUACAUCAGUGGUCCUUCCAGGUUAAGCGUUUGUUGUGAAUGCGGAAUUUUUAUAUACAGCCAUUUGAGCUGUCUGCAUUUAAUGAAACAUUUUGAAUUAGCGUUCAAAUGUGCGAAUGCUCAUCUUAGAAACGAAAAAAAAUCGUCGUUUCCAACUAAUACACUCUAUGUUGUUCCUAUGCAAACUGAUCAUGAAUCUUCCAAUCUCGCCGUGACUCCUGAAAAAGGGCAAGUAAGUCAAAAGAGAAAACGAUCAGCUUAUGGCUCUUCUAGAAAUGCCCAAUCAGAACAUGACAAACCAAAAAAAUCUGGAAGGCAAGAUGCAAAACAUCAAGAUUUGGGCCAUCCUGAAUUAUUUUAA